UUUUGGAAGGCAGUUCGUUAACCAAAAUUUCGUUAACCGAGGCGUUCGUUAAACGAGGGGUCACUGUAUCUCGUUUUGGCAAAUUUUGUUUUUUCAUGUGAAAUUUGAGACCUAAAAUUGGUACAUUAAGGCAGGCGAGGCGAUGAGGACCUGGUAAACACUAUGUUAGGAGUUGAUAACACUGUUCACACAAUGGCUUUCGGCAAACUUUCAGGCCAAAAAUGUAUCAGGUUUUGUGUGAGGGUUAGGUUAUGUUAGGUUGGGUUAGUUUAUAUUAGGUUAUGUGUUUUUAGUGUUUUCCCUCAACUUUAAAGCCCUGCCCACUCUUGUGGGAUUUAGUAUUCUUUGGGAAAAGGGCCCAUAUAUCUCUGAAACUACAAAUUUCCCCCUCGAAAAUACCGUAAUAUCACCACUGAACACAACAUAAUAGAAAAAUGGUCUGGAAAAAACGAAUGUUUAUGCUAAAAUCAUCUGCUGGUGUUAUUUGGAUUAUUGCCCAAAACUUAUUACUUACCUAAAAAAUACUGUACUGUAUAGCAAAUCAGGUGGAGGAAUAACACUUUUCUUAUUCAGGUUCUGGACCUUCUUGAAUUGAAUUUAUUGAAUAAAAAUUCAUGCAGUAUAUUACAUGACUAUGCAUACAUAUAAUGUACGUACAAAUAUUUACAAAGGAUAACACAAAGUACAGUGUGGUAUUAUAUUAAUACAGUACCUGUACUGUACGUAUUCCCAAUAUGGUCUUCAAGACAUAGUUCAAAAUGACUGCUGGCAGCAAGGUGAAAGAAAAUAAGAUACAACAAGACAAAGUUAAAAUUUAGUUAGAAACAUACUGUAUUUUGAUUUUGAACAUCUUGCACUUUCCAUAUAAAUGAUUUUACCUGUAGUACAUGAUUUUUAAAAACAUCUUUUGUUUGACAUUGUUCGACUGAAAGUGGUAGAUCAUUCCAUAGACAAAUACUGUACCAGUACUGUAUGCACAAUUAAUCAACCUAAGAACAUUACAUAGUUUACUGUAUGCACCGUCGGUCAGUAAUAUACUGUUUGAUUUUGUUGGUGUUUAUUGUCUCAAUACAGAAGGCACCAAUACCUGAAAUGUACAGAACAGGAAUUAACACACAUAGGCUACACCAUCUCACACAUAUACUAGUACACACACUCCAAUGACUAUACCCUUGGAACAGUACACAUAGCAUUCAGCUUUUUAUUUAGCUAAAUAUGCAUACUGUUCUGUAUAUGGUAUAUACCACUAAUGAAGUAACAGUCAGGUGUUGCAGAUUGGAAGAGCUAUUUCAAAAUGUUGGAAUAUGAGAACCAGAUGUUGCUGGAUCUUCUGCAUGAAGAUGGUCUCCUCGUGGCAGCCAAAGGACUUGGACUUGAGAGAAUUCUUGAAAGCUUGAUCACUACCUACAAUGACCCGGGUAAUUUGGUCAUUGUAGUUGGCACCACAUCACGAGAAGAAGAGUAUAUAUUAUCACAGUUAGAGGGUCAGGGAGUAAACCCCCUGCCACGUUGUAUUACUGCUGACUGUUCUGUGAGUGAGAGAUCACAGAUUUACCAUCAGGGUGGGGUGCUGUUUGUUACAUCAAGAAUCAUGGUGAUGGAUGUGUUGAUGGAGCGUAUUCCAGUUGACCUUAUUACUGGUGUGAUUGUCUGGAAAGCUCACAAAAUCCUGGAGUCCUGCCAGGAAGCCUUCACCCUUAGGUUAUAUCGGCAGAAAAACAAU